AUUUCGAGGAUGCGCGAGCUCGGUUUCGUCUGCGAAACGUUGAGCCGACACGAGACCAAGGCGAUGGCGGCGACGCGCCGGCUCUCGAUGCGCAGCGAUGAUGACGAUAGCUGGCUGCAGGGCGGUGGUUCGAACCCCGGGUCGCCGCUCAGCGCCUCGCGCAACUUUGAUCCGGAGUUUGACAUCAUGGACAUUCUGGACUCGCGCGCGCCCGCGUUCGAGUCGCCGGCCAAGGCGUCACUCACGCGCAAGUCGUCCGCCGCCUCCAUGCACCGCUCCGCGUCGAGUAGCGGUCGCGAGGACACGCGGUCGCAGCAGUCGUCGUCGCCAACGUUCAACGACGACGAUAACGACGACGACGAUGGGACGUCGUUCAACUGGUCGAUGAGCCCACCGCCGAGAAGCGUGGCCUCUGAAACGCUGUACCACGACAUACAGACGGCGGUGGACGCCGUCGUUGACCGCCUGGCCCAAGAGUCACCGACACCGUAUGAUGAAGUCUCGCCCACGCACAAAACCGAAGUGCGCGCAAAGGACGAGGCGCCUGAGGUCGCGGAUGGCAACGGCGAUCUGCUGCUCAUCAUGGAGGUCGUGAUUGGCGACGGGCGCACCGAGAACAUUCAUAUCCACCGCCACGACCGCGCCGACGCAUUGGCCACGUCCUUUGCCCGUACAUACGGCCUUGGAGACGGCGUCAUUCCGACGCUCAUUGAGCACAUUAGCCAGCAAGUCGCCUCCAUGGGCUUGUCGCUUGCGCCGACGACAGUCACGGCGACGCCCCAUCCUAUCGUAGAAGACAAGGAAGCGCAGUACCUCGCCAUGAUGGACAAGUACGCCGCGUUGCAGCGCCGUAGCAAAGACGCACCGGCGGUCGCGGCGACGGCGUUCAACCAGCUCAAGCCCUCGAAACUCAAAGCGUCGAAAACCGCCAAGUCGACGCCGGCGGCUUGCGAGCGGCUUCAUGCCCUCGCGCGCACGCGCAGUGAAUGGCGCGCGCGGGAGCUCAAGCGCAAGGAGGACGACGUCACCCGCGAGAUCGAGUCCCGCAAGCUACGCCUCGCUGAAAAGUCCAAAGCGCUGGUCGCGAACCGCACCAACGGCGGCCACCGGUCGAUUGGGGAUCGGCUCCACAGCGAAGCGCUUUCGGAGGCCGCGCGCCGGGACAAGAUGGCGGAGACGCGGCGGCGGGAGAAGGAGGCGCAGAUCGACUGGAUGUGCCCGAAAUGCGCGCACUUCAACAAGUUUGCCGACAAGACGUGUCAAAACCGAACGCUCAAAGCCGGUGCUGCGACGCGCAAGGCCAGCAGCCACAAGCCAAAAGGCGUUUGCGGCAUGGCCAAACCGAUGCUCUUCACGCCGACGUUGCUCUCGACCGGUCCGUCCAAGAAGGCCGAGGACACGGAGCAGCUGCUCGUGCGGCGACAAAAGCACCAAGAAAUGGCCCAAGCACUGUACAAUACGACCCACACGUUUGCACCGCAGCUCAACCCGAACUCACAAGACAUUGUGCGGGAGAAGCGCGGCGAGACGCACGACGCGUACGCCGCCUUAUACGACGACGCGGCCACCCGGCGCCAAAAGCAAACCGAGAAGGAAGCCGCGUACAUCGCAUCGAUUCCGUUCAAGCCCGACAUUGGCCUGCACACGCAAGGCGGUGGUGACUGGGUCGAGCGCCUCGCAGUCACCGACAAGACGGACGCCAAGCGGCGAGACUUGCUCGAGAAGUACGGAGCUGCGAACGACCCGGUGACCGGGCGCGCGCUCUUCAAGCCAGACAUCGGGCGGCCACCCCAGUUUCCGCGCAACGACACAAAGCUCCCGAUUGGCGAGUUCUUGUACGAGUCGCGGCACGAAGUCCGCGCGCUUCGGGCGACACUCGAGGCGGAAUCCGACAAGCGGCGCAAAGCCCGGCAGACCCAAAGCUUUCUCUCGUCCACGUCCAAAGCCAUGUUGGAGGCGCGCAAGGCCAAGAGCUACGACGUCGUUUACGGGCUCUUGCAAGUGGCGUGCGGCCAGCCAAGUGACGCACCCGUCUUCGAUCCGGCCAAGCUCCCAAUCGAUGCGCUGCCACCCGACUUGAGCCACAUUGCACUGAGCCUCUUUGACGUCUGUGGGUUUGAGAGCAUACCCAAAGCUGAGUUUUACAACCGGAUGGAAACGACGCUCGCGCAGUCGCCGGGGUUGACACACACACAAGUGCUCUUCUUCAGCGACAAACCGCCGGCAAAGCCAACGGCCGCGCUGGCGGCCGCUGCCGAGGCCAAAGAGCUCACGUUUCGACCGAAAAUCAACCCAACCUCGAGUACGAUCGAGCGUCGGCAAAAGGAUAUGAGUGUCUUUGACGCUCUGCACCAAUAUCAAAAGACGUACGAAGCGAAACGCAAGGCCAAGCAAGCGCAGAUGGACGAGGUGCUCACGAAGGCGUGUCCGUUCACCCCAACGCUUGUCGCGAAGGGGUCGCACCUCGACAACAUGUACGACAACCUCCCGGACGACGACAGCUUUGACGACGAUGAUGCGGUUAUUCUCCAAACCUCCAAGCCCCUCGCGCGCCCGUAUGUGCGGCCGCUCGACGAAGAGUGGCCCGUCGAAGAGCCGCUGCUGCCCGUGAACCGGUCGCCCGUAGGCCCAACGCGACCUCAGCUUCUCAUGUUUGGCGAGACGCCGCCUCUUGAGAAGGCGACAGUGUUCGAGCCGAGGGCAUUCACGCUCCAGCAACCGAAUGUCGAGGACCAUCCUGCCGAUGAUGAGGACGUGAUGAACGAGGAGAACGACGACGAGGAGGAUGUAGCAACCGAGAUGGCUGUGCACCCGAUUCCAUCGCCGGCGCGCUGGGCGGAGCGAGUCGCACUCUUGGGCCCGAUUCCCGAAGAGAAACUGCGCAAGGCGUCGCCGAUGCAGCUGCUCUUUGGGCGUCCGACAAAGUUGCCAACCGACAAUGAUGAUGACCAGGGCGAAGAGGAUGGUGGCGAUGUCGGUCCUAUGACGACCAAGGACACAAGUCUGCGACCGCCCAACGAGCUCCCUCUGGAGGCGACACCCCCAGAGGCGUCAGAGUGCUUUUGAAAUGAAGUCAAGUCGAUUGUCUUCGUCUUGAGCGAUUAAGCUAUUAAGAGGUGGUACUACGUGCAUCUGUG